AUGUUGGUAUAUAAGUGGCGACGCGUCGCGUUGUUUCAAGCAUUAGUUCCGUCAAAGAAAAUCCUUGGCCCUUGCUUCUUCCCGGCACGCACCCUUCCCAGAUUUGACUGCACGAUCUUCAUGAAUUCGAGAACCACUGGAGCUUCCACUGUUUCCUGCAAAUCGGGAAACAAGAACGACUUCUUCUUCUGGAUCUUGUUCUGCUUACUUCCAAAGUUUCUCGGAACUCCUAUCACAUACGUCAACUUUGUCUUGAUCAAGGCCAUUGAUAGGAGUCCUGUAGUAGUACACCCUUAGGAGACUUUUCAGGGGGGUUGAGCCAUAGUGAUCACUCGUUACUUUGUUGGCAAAUUGGCCUCUUAAUACUUUGAUAACAUGGUUUCCUCACAGUUAACUGGUUUGACCAAGGCUGGAACAUGUAAACCUGUUGAUGCUCAGUUACUGUUUCCUGUAAGUCCCCUGGAAGCUGUUGUGCCUGAUCAGGUUGAGUUAGAUUUUUCUGAUGUUUUCGGCCCCCCGCCAGUUCAGGCCUCAAUAGAUGUCAGUUGUGGUGAACUAGACAAUACUCUUUCUGCUGCAGUUGUGACUGCACUUGUUUAUGAUGAACCAGCUAUUGUUUACAACCGAUCACAUUCUUUGCGUGGCCCCUCUUCUUGUGUUGGUCAAUGCUUGAACCUAAGCAAACUCACUUUAAGUGAGACAGGGGAUUCUGGGCAUAUGGUAGGGUGUGUUAAGGGAGAAACUAUCAGUGAAGUUGAGGAGCAAUCUCUUGGAGAUGGUGAUGAUAAGAAGUUUGUUGAAGAUGUUAAUGGAGAUCACAUGAAGGUCCGCAGCAUAGACAUUGAGGAUUUUGAGGUUUUGAAGGUUGUUGGGCAGGGUGCAUUUGGAAAAGUAUAUCAGGUAAGGAAAAAGGGCACACCAGAAAUUUAUGCAAUGAAGGUCAUGCGGAAGGACAAGAUAAUGGAGAAGAAUCAUGCAGAGUACAUGAAAGCUGAGAGGGAUAUUUUAACAAAAGUUGAUCAUCCUUUCGUUGUCCAGCUCAAAUACUCAUUCCAAACCAAAUAUAGGUUGUACCUUGUUCUGGAUUUCAUUAAUGGGGGGCACCUUUUCUUUCAGCUUUACCACCAUGGUCUUUUCAGAGAGGACCUGGCUCGUGUCUACACUGCUGAGAUUGUUUCUGCGGUUUCACACCUUCAUGCAAAUGGCAUAAUGCACAGGGAUCUUAAACCUGAAAAUAUUCUUUUGGAUGCUGAUGGCCAUGUAAUGUUGACUGAUUUUGGCCUGGCUAAGCAAUUUGACGAAAAUACGAGAUCAAACUCAUUUUGUGGAACACUGGAAUACAUGUCACCUGAAAUAAUUGCUGGGAAGGGCCAUGAUAAGGCUGCAGACUGGUGGAGUGUUGGGAUUUUAUUAUAUGAAAUGCUUACAGGAAAGCCUCCUUUUAUUGGUGGAAAUAGGGAAAAAGUACAGCAGAAGAUUGUUAAGGAGAGGAUCAAGCUGCCCAGCUUCCUUACUGGUGAAGCACAUUCUCUGUUGAAAGGGCUGCUACAUAAAGAUGCCAGCAAGCGCCUUGGGAGUGGACCAACUGGAAGCGAGGAAAUUAAGCGACACAAGUGGUUCAAGCCAAUCAACUGGAAGAAACUAGAGGCCAGGGAAAUCCAACCCUGUUUUCGUCCUGAAGUUGCUGGGAAGCAUUGCAUCGCCAACUUUGACAAGCGAUGGACUGACAUGUCAUUGUCGUUUUCCCCAGCUUCUAGCCCAAAAACCAAUGUAAACCCUUUCACCGAUUUCACCUACAUAAGGCCUAUAACCCCUUGUCGUCAGAGUAGUGCCUUGCGUUAGUGUACCUUGGGUCCAUACUGUUUCGUGUUUGAAAGAAAGACCGUGGAAGGCGAACCGGGGCACAUUUAUGUUCUGUGCUCAGAUUAUAGAUGUCUGAUUUUACUUCAAGUCUGUCCUUCAUGGGCAUGUUAGCCCAACUUCUAUGCUACUUUAUAGUUAUGUGAAAUUAUAAUAGAGACUUAAAAGAUUGUGAACUUUACCACUUUCAAAUCA